AGGAGAGAGGGAAGGAUAUCGAUAUUUGUUCCAACACUCAAUUAGACCUAGCUUAGGAGGUAGGAAAUAGAAGCAGCUAUUGAACGUACUACCUAGGGUAAGAACGCAUCUCAGGAUCAGUCAAGAUGGAUUCCAAGGUUUUCAUUGACUUGCUUGCCAAGCGCUCAGAAUCGAAGUUCGAGCAGCUGCCUGAGAAGAUUACGAGCACGAUGCCCAAAAAGGAGCCCACAUAUGAUCCGGCGUUAGGCGUCAUUUAUCGCGUUCUCGAGCCCUACUACACGCGGCAGGCCGUGGAUGACGUGAUGCAGGCGAUGCUAGCUGGUGAGGUCAGCUCCGGGACGCAGUGGCCUCGCAGGAUGGCGGAGCAGAUCUGCAAGCUUUAUAGCUUAUGACAAAAUUCUAUUUCUUAAAGCAGGAUCUUCAUGCAAGGCAAUAAUUUAGCAUCUAAGACACGACGAGACAGGUCAUAAUAUGAUUUUGGUGCGUACUGUGGUGCUGAAAUGAAGAGUACUGUUGGUUCAACUUCAAGGUCAUUACAUUUGAUCCUUUCAUUCCUCGUUCCGGUCGCGAUGCCAACAUCUUCGGGUGCGAGCGCUUUGCAUGUAUCGCUGCUGUGCAUCGGAGUAUACGGUUUUGAAGUCAUCGUGCCUGCCUUCACAAUGGUGGCUGUCAGCAACGCAGUGAAGCUCGCAGGCGCCAUUCCUGUGUUUGCCGACUCAGCUCCAGAUAACCUGAACCCGGGUCUCGCCGAAUUGAAGAGCAAGAAGACUGUUCGUACGAAAGCCGUGAUCAUCUGUCACACCUACGGCAUUGUGUGCCCGGACAUUCGCGAGAUCGCCGAGUGGUGCAAAGAAGAAAAGAUACAGUUGAUAGAAGACAUCUGCGAAAGCAUGGGAGCGCGAGUAGGGAUGCACCCGAAACCAGAAGUACUCUUCUGUUUGUUUGCACAGCCCGCGUGUGAAUACGAAGGCGAGCAUCAUAACUGAUUCAGUGUUCUCUUGUUCCUGAUUUUAUUGACUAUCUAUCACAAUUAUUUUUAUGCUUUUUUCAGGAUCCGUCAACGGGUCGCUACCUUCUUGCCGGAGCUUUCGGCGAUUUCAGUUGCUCGAGCCUGUACGCGAACAAGCAAAUCACAGCUGGAGAUGGUGGCUGGGUUCACAGCACGCACCCGGGUCAGGCGGGUCGUUUGAAGAGCUUGAUCAACCACGGCUUUGAUCCAGCUUUUCAUUUCCUGCAUUUUGAAACUGCGCCGAACGCUAAGAUCAAUGGGCUCGGCGCGGCGUUUAUCAAUUCUCAAUUAGGAGAAGCGCUUCACGAGCAGAUCGAUCAGCGACACCGCGUUGCACAGUGGUACCGCUCCGCACUCUACGCUGCGGGGCUCACGGGCUUUGCGCCUAGUGCAACCAGCAGUAUGGAAGUGGAGCAGGACGACCGCCAAGAUGGAGAAGGCAGUGGCACCGGUGGAAGCGCGACGCCACCGGCGGGAACCUCGGCCACGGAUGCAAAAACCACGGAUGUUCGCCGCGGAGGGCCUACUGCCAGUCCGGUACCAGGUAGAUGCGGGAGUCAGUUUCCGCUGAAGGGCAUCGACGAGGCCUACGCCGGCACUUGCUUUUUCGACGCGCCGUGGGUAUUUGGAAUUGAGUGUUGGGAUCGAAUAACGCGCGAUAAUCUGCGACAGUAUCUGGCCGAGUGUGGCGUCGAAACGCGAAACUAUUUUUUUAUGUUGACGCAUUGAUUCAUCUUAGUAUGGAGUUUCCUUGGACCUAGAAGUUGUGAGAAGAACGGUCCGGCUUCAAGUUCAACAUCACGACCUCGGUAUUAUCUAGUAUUUGAAUUUUUUUUUCCUCUAGUAUUGUGAUUGUAGCGAUAGUCCUGUUGCGAGUAUCAUCAUGAUUAUAAAAUUUUUUUCUUUCAUAUUCGUCCCACUGCACGUGCAGCCUGUGAUGUAUUACGAAUAUGCGCAAGGCGUAGCCGGCAGCUACGCCAGCUGGGAAAGCGAGUUACCGAACUCCCUACGAUUUGCGACGUGUGGUCUGUAUCUGCCAACGCAUAGUUACCUAAAGCUGACAGAUGUGGAGUUCAUCGUCGGAUGUUGUAAAAAAUUCUAUCAAAACCCUGCUGGUGGUGCUGCGGGUCAGGGGGAGUCUUCGGUAAAAGGAAGUGGAGAAGCCUGCACCCCGGAGAAGCCGCAAAGAGCGAAGGGUUGGGUCGAUCGCGUGCGAUCUGAGAUGUUUCAGAAAUCCUGAAAAAAGCAUAGAAUUUCAUAUCCGUAAAGUUAAGGUAGUCAUCCGCAUGAGUGUGACACUGACAUUAGAUACUUCGCCUCAGAAUAGAAGCAAGUACAAAGAGUACAACGAAGAUUGUACGUUUAUUCGUUGCUCGAUUGGAUACUUUUAGUUUUUUACUUACAACAUAAUUCUAACUGUAAUAGUAAUUGCUGAUACACAUAGAUAAUGAUCAUGAGUUCUUAUAAUAAUUCCAAUGUCUCACAUCCACUGCGGGAGAGAGGUCGCUCUGAAUGGAUGUCGUUGGUUUUAUCGCAUUAGAUUUUCGCAUGUGUAUCCACGUGCCAAUCGACAUUUUUCUACACAGCUGGAGAUUGAAUUAUCUGCUAGUUGAUAGUGCUAGUCAGUGACUAAUAUUGAAUAUGUCCUCGAU